GCCAGGAACAGAAAAGGAGGAGAUAAAGGAGGGUGUGGAAAACAAAGUGAAAAAGAAAUUAAAGAGAGCGAGAGAAAAGGGAGUGCCAUAGCAGAAUCCAUCUCUUUCAGUUUACCAACUUAUUUGGAGCCAUGACUGUACCAGCUAUGGAUUCUUUUAAGACUGUCCUAAGGUUCCUCACGAAUCAGAAGAGCACUAUUGGCUACAGCUUCAUGGCUAUUUUGACAAUAGGUAGUGAAAGAAUCUUCUCCAUGGUGUCUUUUCAGUGUCCGUGCAACCGAGAACAGAAUUUUUCCUAUGGAUUAACUUUCCUGCUGGGCCCUGCUGUCGUUUUGCUGGCGAUUGGUCUCUUUGUUAGUUCACGUCUUUGGCGGUUAUAUACUGGGUGUUGUCUCAACCCUCUCAAACUAUGCCCCAGGGGUAACUUUGUGGGAUGCUUAUCAGUGUUUGUAAAAGUGGUAUCUGGAGCCUGCAUUGCCCCCAUAAUGUGGCUCACUGUAGCACUGUUAAAUGGAACUUUUUAUGAGUGUGCUAUCAGUGGCCUGGAUGAAAACAUGGUGGUGAAAAUUUUCUGCCAAAACAAGACACCUACGUGCCGGGAAGAGCUGCCCCGAGUGCCCUGCAGCAAGUCCCAGUUGUCUUCAAAUGAAAAUAUGGAACUGCUGUUGAUGUUGCGAGCCCAGUCACAGAUACUCGGCUGGUCCAUUAUUAUCAUAUCAGCAAUAGUAGCGCUGAUCGGGACUUGCUUUAAGAACUGCCGCUCUCAAGUAAGCUACCUUCAGUUAACUUUCCAGAAAAUCUACAUGGAGAAGGAAAGGGAAAAGUUCGAGACUUUUGCAGAAGACUAUGCCACCAAACUAGCAGAGAGAAACCUCAAGAGUUUCUUUGACAACAAAUGUCCCGAACCAUUUCCCUUUCCAAAUCACAAGGCCUGGGAGGAGAUCUCUGCUGUAUACACCUUUAGACAAAGUGAACAAUACUACAGCACGUUGCAGAGAUAUGUGGAGCGCACAGAUCGGGACUACAGCCCUGAGAAGCGUCCUGUUCUAGAGGGGGAAGACGGCAUAGAGAUGGCUUAGAAGCACAAAGCUGCAUGGACUGGUAACUGAAUAGCCUAGAAUAUGAAAAGCAAAAGCUACUGUGAAUCUAAGCAGAAUUAGAUUUUUGUUUGGUAGCUACAACCUGUAUUGAAAAUAAACUAACUGAAAGGUUUUUUGGAAGCUUUGAUUUGUCUACUGAGGAAGUGGUCAUGACGCAAUUCAAAUUGCAAAUGUUUUGUAACAUUUUUAUGUCAAUGAUCAAACACAGGUCUCAGGCCCUAGAGAUACUGACAGUGUCUGUGGUGUUUUCAAUAACAACAUGCAGUUUGCAUAUUGUUUGAAUGUUGCAUUUCUGGUUUUACAAAGUCAAAGAAGGGGGGGGGGCCCUUUGUCAUAGGCCCUCUGUGAAUCAAGAGCUCUCUUAUGCCUCUCAAUAAUCUUUUUCACCAAAUCAUUAUAAGGCAGUGUGUUUGAUUUAAUGCAUGACAACCUCUUGUAUAUGUAGUAUUGAUAUUUAAUUUUCCAGUUGCACAAUACUGAUUAAAAUGUACAAUGAUAUCAUUGUAUUGCCUGCUAUCCAACAACAUGUAAACCACAAUGCUUAUUUCCUCUGCUGGUUUUAAGUAGAAGUUUUGACAAACAGGAAACCACAUUUAGAGUCCCCGACACACAUUUCUUUAGUCAUUUUAACCCACAUAUCAGCUCCGAAUAGGGACCCUGUGAUCAAAACAAGUUUCUGUUAGCACAGCUUUUCGAAAAGCAUAAACAGGACCAGUUACUAUAGAAUAUCAAAAUUAUUAGACAUGGUAAGGUGGUGGUUUUCAGCAUGUUUGUGGUGUUUAUUUCCUGUACUGUUGUGAAAGAGAAGUACAUAUACUCAGUUUAAUAGUCAAUGGGGUGCAAAAAACAAUUUGGCAAAAAUAAAAAUAAUAAUAACAACAACAACAUUAACUUAAUGUGUUAUUCAAUGUAUGGCAGUUUAAGUUUAAGUGUGCAAAAAGUUACUGCUUAGAAGUAACAAAACAUAGCCUAAUAACUAAUGACAUUAAAAUGGAAGUUGAGUCAGAGCCAUAGCCCUGCACAGUCCUGUCUCUCUUCACUUUCAAAUAAUAGCAAAAAAAAAAACAACCUGAAAAUAAUAAUACAAAAGUUGUACUAACAAAACCUGAUAUAGAUCAAUUAAAGUUGUGGGUUUGGCCCCAAAAAAUGAAUGAAUCAUUCACUAAACAGAACUAUAAAUGAGAGCUCAUAUUCAUGGGAACUAUGACAAACGCACGUACCAGACAGACAAAUAAACAUAAAAUGUUUUGCUUGUGUUUAGAAGUGAAUGGUGCAUGUACAUAUAGCCUGUUAAACUGUUAUAUUUUUUAUAUAUAUUAUUGUUGUUGUUGUUGUUGUUUUGAUUUUUGCAAUUUUGUACUGAUUGCUUCUACUUUUUGUAUUUGUUACUUGCAUUAAAAAAAAAAUAGAAAUAUCCAUCAUUUUCCCUGCUGAAAAAUCCAGCAUUACUGGUCAUCAGCAUAAGGUAUGUUUUGCAUGCUGGGACUUGCAUGGGAUGCACUAUACCAGCUCUAUAAAUCUGCCUGGACCAACAUGGAACCUAGCUGGUUAACAGUACAAGGUGUGUUGAAAAAUAGCUUGAAUGGCCUAUUAAAACUUAUUGCUGGUUAA